GAUUCAAGUCUAGUUUGAGGGCGUGUGGUAGGCAACGUCGGGGGGAGCAUUGACGGACGUGGCGUGAGCGUCGUCUUUGGUGUAGCUUGUCGGGAUAUGGAAGUCGGCGGCUUGGGAUCGAUCAUCAUUUCCAUGUCUUCUUCUGUCAAUUCGAGACUACCAGAGCUGAACGAACUGCCACUAGCGUUCGACGCUCUCCGCACUUCCCUCGUGCCAGCAUCCAGCUCCCGCGCGAUCUGUGAAGCACUUUCCAGGUCGUCGAAAAAGUCGCUCAAGUCGUCCUGCGCUUGUGACAGUGAGGAAACCUGUGCUUUACGCACAGCAGUACGCGGCGACGGUGGAGCUAGAGGAAUCUGAAUUGACGUUGCCGGCUGCACUGGCUGCUGUACACAUCCCGCAGCUUCAUUGCAGGUCACAGCCGGACCUCCCAAGCUUCGGGCGAUCUGACUGCAGCUGUCCAGAUGGUCAAACAAGUCGCCAAAGUCUUCUUCCAGCUCGCGAGCAGGCUUUGUCUUGGCUGUUUGGACACUCGCACCGGGCAGUGGCGGCGGCGGCAUCAGCAUCGCAGCAGAAGGUUUUGACAUUUGCGCUGCUGGGACGGACAUCUGGACAGUGGCUGGUCCAUCGCACGCGCCCAGAAGAGACUCGUCAUCCAGGUCAUCGUCGCCAAAGCCGUCCCGGUCAUCGUUACCCCCCUGUCCGCUAGUCGUCGUCGUCGUCGUUGUCGUCGUCGUCGUC